GAGUGUUCAGUUGACUAUUUCCAUGCAAACUUCAUCACGAGGAUACCGGCAAGCGGAAAUACUACAACGAAAAUGCUGAUAUUGCUGCCGUUGUUGGGUGUGUUGUUUAACGGUCUGACCACAGCGCAUGUGGAGGCGAAUUUAAGUUUGGAAUUUAAGGCCACAAAGCUUUUGAGGCAACACAAUCCAGCAAACUGUACUGUUGGCAAUACAACAUAUGCACACGGACAGACAUUUAAAUUGGAUUGUAAAACACAAUGUGUCUGCGAGAAUGGUCGCCACGCCUGUUCAUCGCUGUGUCCGAAGGAGCAACUGCCGGCGCCAGAGGAUACGAUGUCUUGCAGAUCGCCACGUCUGGUGGAGGUGCCAGGACAUUGCUGCAAAAUGUGGCUUUGUGAGAAUCCCACAGCUGAUGUAUACGCCACCUGCCACAAUGCCUCUACAAGUCCAUGGACGCCCUGCUCGCGGCCGUGUGGCCUUGGCAUUUCGACGCGCUUCACCAGCACGAAUACUGGCUGCCGGCAAUUGAGCAGUAUACGCCUGUGUGAAAAUCGCAAAUGCGAUGAAGACAAUAACAACAAAAACUACUCAACGUCACAACAGUCACAACUUGCGCAAAAAGUCAUAACAGUGCCGCAAAAGUAUGCGCACGAACAGCGACAACAACAAUUAAUUAGCCAUAAUGUGGCAAACAAUUUAGUUGUAAGUGAGCCUGAGGAUACUAAGGAUUUAAAAAAUUACCGUGCAUUGUUCGAGCAUAAAGAACAUCGAAUACGUAAAGGCCACGAGUGCCGCAGCUUGCAACGUCUGGGCCCGGCUCGUAUUCGCUUGGGUGCCUGCAUCUCACGAAAGCUGUAUCGACCGAAAUUAUGCGGACGUUGUCAUCAGCAUUCGGGAAAAUGCUGUACACCCUCGGUCUCAACAACCAUACAGGUUGAAUUGUUGUGUCCACUGAAGGCUGAUGAUCCAAUCAACUUUGCCGAACAGCAACAACCGGAAGGACAAGCGCCACUGCAAUUAUGGGACACAGCAUCGCUGGAGCCAAUCGAUCAGGAAUUCCUGCAAUCACAUCAAAUCCAAAUUGAAAAUAAAUUUAUUGCAGUUGAAUGGAUAUUGAAGUGUGAGUGUGGCAAAUAUGAAAAUUGUAACAACCUACAAAAAUACACCGCAACAAUGCAUAGCAGCUCAGGCAAUAAAAGCAACAACGGCUACAACAACCAAAAGCAGAGCAAAAACGACAGCAACAGCAACAACAGCAAAAGAAAUAACAAUAGUAGUUGGCAUACAAGUGGCGCUGUAGGUGACCACAAUAAUAAUAAAAAUGCGGCGACAAACAUUAUCAGCGACACAACAUACAACUACAAUGAGAAUGCGUACAACAACAAUAAAAACGAUGUGAACAUGAGUAGCAGUGGCAAUAACAAGGGAAGCCAGGGAAGCAUGGCAAACAAUCACUACAACGAGCAAAGUAUUGAGGUGGACAAUGACAGUGAUAAUCGGUAUGUGCAACAGCAAGAACAACAAGCGGAUACAGCACAGCAAGAGCAGCAACAACGUUUAGUGUCGUCGGGUGAAUUGCAGCCAGACAUUAUACCAUAUCCGGCAAUGUUGCCGCCGCACCGCAACACUCAGCAACAAAACCAAACCCAAAUGGGCCAGUCAAAUGGUGACAAGAGAAACAGCAACAACAACAAAAAUAAAGACAGUAAAUACGAUAAUAGGAGUGGAAUCAAGGGAGGCAUUGUGGAUGGCGCUGCCAGCGAUGAAAACAUGCGUGUGAACGCUGAACAUGACAACAAUAACAACAACAUAAAAGCCAUAAAAAAUGUGGCUGUACCGAAUAAAAAUGAAAAUAAAAUUUUUGCUAGUUUUGCUUUUUAUCACCAUGACGGCAAUGAUGUCGACGACAAGCGUGAUGCUGGUCACAGUACAAGCGACGAUUCGACCAAGCAAUACGUUAGCGAUGGGCAGCAUCAAAACGCACUUAACGAGGAUGGAGAACAAGAACAACAGCUGCAGCUACACAAACUUCAACGACUGCAGGAUUGGGAGAUGGACCAAAAUUUACAUUAUCAAAAGCAACAGCCACCAACAUCCGAGUCCAGUCUAGCGGCUUCGCACCAAUAUUAUCCGCAGCAUCAACAAAAGCACCAUCAACAUCACCAUCACCAUCAUCAACAGCACCAUCAGCACCACUUACAGCACCACCAGCUAUAUCCGCACACACACCCGCACUCACAUACGCCCCAGUAUCCGCCACAGUCCCAGCAAUAUUUUCUUGAGCAACUACGACAACAGCAGGAGCAACCAAUCGAGCAGCAAACGUUCCACCAACGACGCUCAUAGCAACGCAGACGUGCACCACAAACGCAUCGCCAACGCUGGCCGCCACGCAAAGGACGAGGCAAAAGGAAAAAGAGCAACGGAGCGAAACGACGUAUGAAUGGCAGCACAGCAGCGGUGAGGGAGGCGACAGGGGGAGUAUUCCCGAUUGCCGCACAAAUGGGCACUUCAUAAAUAAAUAAAAGCGACAAACUGAUAAACCGGCACAAAAGCAACAAAAUUAUGCAAGCGAGUGACAAAGACGCAAAAAACGAGUUAGUGAGAAAAAAUCUUAAUAAAAGAGGAGAAUGGGUCAGCAAGGAUGUGCAGUACUUGGAAGUUAACGGCAGGCGCACCACUGGCAAACGACCACAGCAGCAAAAAUAGUCACUAUAAAAACCACCAAUAACAGCGCACUCGAGCAAAGUAAAAGGUAGUAAAGCGCACGGCGAACACAGAGCGCCACCAACGAACGAAUGAACAGACAAACAACAGACCGGCAACAAAGUUGCAACUUUUGCAUAUCACAAAGCAAAUAAAUUUUUCAUUUCCAAUGUGGAAAACUACAACAUUGCAAAGUGCAAAAAACAUCCGCCACACAAAAUAACAAACAACAAACUGAUUUCAAAACAAAAGGGAACAAAACAACAACAACAAGUUAUCUAGCAUACAUUUAUUGUCGCUGCAAUGACCAGACAGCAGACCGAACACGAAAAAUAAAUAAAUUGAUAAAACUACAGCGCAAACCGGACAAAAUAUUUUCGUCGUUGUUGUUUCCGUAUUUUUUAUUUUGUUCUCGUUAUUUUCUCAGCCGGUACUCCAGCUGGCAUAGACGUUAAUGGCAUCAACUGGCUGGCAGAUUUGCGCGGCUGCGGUUCGUUUGGCUGUCACACUUUAAAUUGCAAUUGCAGGAUGCAAGGAAGCGUAACGGUGAACAAGCAAGAUAAUACUUACACACAUAAGUAGCGAAUCUUUCAAAAAAGGUAUUUAAAAUUGCCAUAUUUUAGAAAAUGAAAUAAAAAAUGAGAUUCAUUAAGCAGAGCGAUACGCGGUUUUAAGGGGUACCGGUGGUCUAGAGCUCGAAAAUGUAGGGUAUUUUCAGGAAUUUUUUUUUAAAUAAAAAAAUUUCAAACGAUAUUUAAAUUUUUUGGGCUUUUUAUUUAACUUCUUUUACACGCAAAAAAAAUAUAUUUUUAAUUUUAAUCAUUUUAAAAAUGGCGAUAAAGUUGACCCCCUGGACGGUGUUAACCAUUUUGGCUCUUCUUUUUAUUUGAAACACAAAAACCUAAAAAAUAGUAAUCAGUAUGACUGUAGCUGUAUCCGGUACUGGAAUAAAAACAAAAAAAAAUUGAUAAAAUGGCGCGGUUUGUUUUCAGUUUUUUAAUCAAAAAAUACGAAAUAAUUGAAAUGAUAAUAUUAUUCCAGUAUGGGCGAUAGCCAUUGACGUUGUGAACAAACUAUUAAAAUCUCAGACGAUUCGGUUGAAUAAUGUUGUUUUUGUUUUUGACAACACCAGGCCGAAAAAAGUAGUUUCGAGAUAAUUGGGUUUAAAGUUUUGAGAGUAGCCGCGUGACGAAUCACCUGCUAAACGGCGGUAGAAUCGAAAAAUACUAGGAAUAUCCUUCAACAAAUUUUACAGUAUAUUCUUAAAGCCCAUACUUUCGGAAUAUCAUAAAAAAAUCGAUUUUUGGAAAAUUCUAGACCACAGAAAUCCCUUAAGUGAAAAUAAAACCAAUAAACAAAAAAUGGCAAAAAAGUUUGCAAAAAAAAAAAUUGUUUUUGUCUAAAUAGUAAAACAAAACAACAGAACAAACUGAUUGAUCAAAGAAAAAUAUUACCAUCUUGUACAAGAAUAUUUUUAAAUUUUACAAUUUUUAUUGGGCCUGAUACUAUAGUCGAAAAUUUAAUAUCGAUUAACUCCGAAAACCCAAAUGACGAUAUACUUUGAUCGCACAUAAAAAUGCUUAAAAAGGGCUUAUCAAUUGAUACCCUCUCCACUUUGAAUUUAGGAACCUUUUGUUUAUCUACUAAAUACAGGGUAGGGCAAACGUAAUAGCAUAUCAUCACAAGCCCCCGAUUAUACAAUAACAUUACUAAAAACCUAAACAAAUGCUUUUUUUCGAAAUUAUAUACCAGUAAGUCAGCCUUGAUUUUGGUCACAGGAGAACCCAGGAAAUCAUACAUACAUACCUACAUAUAUAUUCUGCAUCGAAAAAAUUUAGGUUAGAGCCGCUUUAUAUUAAAGCUGCUAAGCAAGGAACUGAGUGAGCGGAAAUGAAACCACAGACAGGUGCGCAUAUCAGCUCAUUUAAGGAGAAAUGUAAAAUAGCUUUGCCAUUUUUUUUAGUAACUGAGACUUUAAGGGCCAUAGCAGACUGUGUAGUUUUUUUGUGAAAUAAUUUUUUGUCCCCAGGAUCUACAAAUUAUUUAUAUUCCUAAAGAUUAUGUUCAGCAAAGACUUUAAAGUACUCGAUUUCUGAAUUUUACUUCAAGACCACCGGUGCGCAGUGACCUCCUUUUAAAUGCGCUUAUCUCAAAAUUGUAUUUUUGAAUGUUGGCCAGAUAGAUAACUCAAGCAAUUUUGGACCAAUUCACCUAACAGCUUCAGUAUAUAAUUACAAAUACAUUACCUAAGGAAGUGCGAAAGAUAUCUUUAUUAGUAAUUUUCUGAAACUUUUUGCUUGCUUUUCUUUUGUUGAAUUAUUUACGUUUUACGUAGAGAGUACCGCGCUUUUUUGAGAAAAAUCUAAUAUAUUGAUCAGCAUCAGUCAGCACUACAACCAGGAGUGGGUUUUGGCUUGCUCCAAUAUCCUCUUUCUGGCUUCUGUAUCAUUUGCUAGUGGCAUCUAGUUUCUCACUCCUAAUGUUUUCAGACCAUCUUGACCCAAUUUAUAUAUCUUUUGCCCGGUUUUCUCCUUUUUCUCUUCGCUUCGGCUUAUAAUCCAUAAUGGUUUUUUGGGCGCGAGUGCUCUUUAUUCUUAUAACGUGUUCUAGCCAUCUUAUUCUCUAUGAUUUUAUAAACUUGACUGUAUCUUCUCCGUUCUUCUCAUUCCGCUUCAGGCCGAAGAUUUUGCAUAGUAUUUUUCUUUCGUAUACUUUUGGCAACGCUUCUCUCGGCCCUAUAUUGCUCUAGAUAAAAGUUUUGACUGAAACAGGUUCAUGUGAGCGUAAUAGGCUUUGUUUGCUGAAGUAAAAAGUCUUAAGUGAAGUAUAUUAAAAAAUGUCAAGAUUUCUGCUAAAUAAAAAGUCCAUAGGGAUAAGAUCGGGCGACCAGAGUGGCCAGGAUAUGUCACCUAACCGGUUUGGUAGAGAAGAAGUAAUGCGAGCAUGUGCGCCGUGUUACUGAGGGAAGGAUGUUCACUCAUUAUUGGCGUAUAAUAAUCGUUCAGAAUACGCCGACAAGAGACACCGUCCACAUAAGUGGCUUGUAUUCGACAAAUUUCAAAACAAUAUGGUCCAUUUGUUCCACUCUGCUUGACAAUGCACACCAAAUCGUCACUUUUGGACUCUGAAAUGACUGUUGAUGUUUUAAUAGUGGGUUCUGGGUUCUGUCUUUUAGGUGCCUAAAAAUGCCAAUUUUGCUUAUUUACAUUUCCAUUAAAAUGAAAAUAUGUUUCGUCACUCCAAAAGAUAGUGUUGACCGUACGAAAACGCUCCAACAUUGUUGGACAAUUUGAACUUUGAUGGGAUGAAGUCUAGGAUCCUUCCGUCAUGCACGAUAGUUUUUGGAGGUCCCUGAUCAGGCGCUCUCUUGUGCACGGACUGAUGCGAUUUAUCGUGCAAACUUGUAGUGACGACUCAGUAUUUUCAUUAACAUUGAUGUUCCGUUGAGCCCCGGCCGUAGGCUGUUGCCGGAACCUUCGCAUCCCUAAACGAAUCAAAUCUUCACUUGGGUCGUCGCGUAAGUGCCGAAUAUAAUAAAAUAAAUAAAAUCUGAGGCGAGCAGUUGCUCAUAAAUCAUAGGCCUUGAAAUUCACUCCGAUUGUGAACGCACGUUAUUUACCCAACCAAUGCGACACCUUGAUUAAAUAUAUUGCCCGAAUAACGCUGCUAACGCAGUUCCCCCUCAGCUCAGCGAUAAGAGAAAAACUUAAAUUUGGAACCUAAUUCCACCACCAGACCCCGUACAAGUAUUUAAUGGCGACUAGGCUUGGUUUAUCGAUUGGCCACUUUGAUACCCCAAUUCAUAACUUCAGAAAGAAAAGGAGACAGCUGAAUGAAACCGUGCCGGCGUCACAAAAACCGGGAUCAAAAUAAUAUUGUGUUCUCAAACAGCAAGGGGGAAUUAGGUUAAGAUGAAGCAAGCAAAUGUUUUUUGCAUACUAGAUUUUAUAAGAAAAUCUAACCAGAAAAUACUUCUCCUAAUUUCUAAUUUGGAGUGCGUUUUGUCAUAUUUUUCUUCUUUGUAUUUUUUAAAGUCUGGUGCAAAAUAAUCUUAAAGAGUUAGGAGUAGUCAGGGACAAGGAAGGAGACAGUAGGUUUUUUUUUAAAUAUUUAUUAUUAUAUAUUAGUUAUAUAGAAAGGGUCCUUUCAUAAAUGUUUUAACUUCAGAUCUCUAAAAUUUCUAUACAAAAUUAUCCAUCUCUCCUAAUUGCUUAGUUCCUUGCGGGAACCAAUAGAACUUUGUGCUGACGCAUCUAAACUUAACAAAGAAAGAAAGUUAUUUUGUUUAAUGUUAAAUUCAAAACUUAAUCGUAGCUAAAGCUAAAGCUUAUACUCGAAUUUAUAAAAAGUGUGCGGUUGAGCCUCCUUUUGGGAACUUGUUGGUGGCUUCGUUUCUUGUUAUUUUCCUUGCCUUGCCUCAGCCUAAGAAUGUCAUAACAUUAUUUCAGUAGCUUGAAUGUAAAAAUCCGAUUGGCUAAAAUCGUACAAGGCUGCUUGAUAUCGUUUUUGUGAGAUAUAAAGGUAUUACUAUUUUGGAAAAUACAGUUUUCGGGCAAAUGCCUUCCAUAGCUUCUGCACAGACUUUGAAUUAUUAACCCAGUAGCUGGAUUCAAGGAGGAAGCAUCACAGUAUCGCUUUGCUGAAAACUUAUAUACUCUCUCACAGAUGUAUGUAUUUUGUUACAUAAGUGUGUACGUGAUAACUCGAUAACUUAAAUAAUUAGACUCUAAGGAAAAGUGUGAAUACUUUAAAUGGCAGCAAAGAUUAAAAACAAUAAGCACAAAAGUAUAAAAACCAGUUAUAUUUGUGUUGGAAAAUAAAUCCAUAACUGGUAAAAUUAAAAUUAAAAAAAAACACACAAAAAAUUUAAGAACAGAAAAGAAAUAUUUUUGCGAGCAAACAUAUACAAAAAACGAUAUUGAAACACUUAAAAAAAUUAUAAAAAAAUGCAACUGCAAGAAUAACAAAAUUAAUAAAUGGAAUUAUGUAGUUGCAAGAAACCUUAAGCUAAAUAAUUGUAAAAAUUCUUAGCUGUAAGCUAGCUAGUAAAGUUAAGAUAACACUGAAACCAAAACCAAAAACUAAAAAACAAAAACACAAACUAUUAUCGGCGAACCACUUCAAUUAGAAAAAGGAAAUUUCGAAAUUGACCACAUAACCAGCAAAAAUUAUUGGUCUGCAACUUGAGCGUAAAAAAAUCUAAAUUAUCUAAAAAUCGUACGUGUGUGUAUACAAAAGCAACAACACUUGCUAUUAAGAAUCAUGUAAAAACGUUAAUCAUAUAUUUGUAUGUAUGUUUAAGCAUUACACAUAUGUAUUUAUAUUGUAUAUGUACUUAUACUAUACUUGCGAUGAAUCUAUACCAGAUAGGUGGCAAGGUUCGGUGUCGAUUGAAUACUACUGCAUAUAUGCGUAUGUAUGAAUCAGAGUGUCUUGGGUGUGUAAAACAAAAUACAAUAGAAAAACAAUGAAAGUUUCAAAUUUCGACAACUGCUAAAGUAUACCCAAAUGAUAGAACAAAAUCUAAACUGCAACAUAUCUACAUAUACCAUACAUAUUCUAUAUCUGUGUAUCUGUGUGUACCAAUAGGAUGCUUGGCAUCUGCAAAUGGAUAUUCAAACUCAUAUCUAUGUGCAUGUUACUGCAACGUAUUUUUCUUUUAUAAAAAACGAUAAGAAUAUAAGCAUUUAUUUCGCCCCCGCAAUUUGUUUGGCCAUUGGUUUAAAGAUUUCACAAAUUGUAGAUUAUUCAUUUAGUUUAGUUAUUCGCAAUUUUAAAAUGAUGAUAUAUGUACGUAUAUAUGUAUAUUCAUUUAUUCAAUAAAAGACGAUGCUCUACUUUAAGCAAAA